AGUGCACGUUGAACCUUCAGAAGUGUGACCGGAGAUUCUGAAGGCUGUUUCUCUCCUCAGGGGGUUAGAAUCACACACAGGCCAGUCCAUCGCAACUCCCUGGGCAUCUCCAGCACGUUGCUACUCCUCAGCACUGGACCGAGAGCUGAAGAGUUUCACGGAGAAGCGGAAGCAGCCAUGGAGGAUACCCAAGAAAACUUCUCAGAUCUCACACCAGAGGAACAAGAAGAGAUUGAGAGAGUCCGUUUGCAUAAGGAAGAGCUACAGAACGACAUUCAGAGAUUGAAGAUGGAAAUUGCAAAAGUAAUCACUGAGCUCGAGAACUUUAAUUACACAGAUGGGAGCACAAUUGCUGAAAGGAACAAGCUGAUGGCCAUGGGAAAGAAGAAAUUCAACAUGGAUCCCAAGAAGGGGGUAGAGUAUUUGACAGAGAACAAAUUGUUAUCUCCGAAGGAAGAAGAUGUUGCCAAGUUCCUAUAUAAGGGGGAAGGCCUGCAUAAAACAGCCAUAGGAGACUAUCUCGGACAGAGAGAGGAAGUAUACAUCAAGACCCUACAGUGCUUUGUCGAGCUUCAUGAAUUUGCAGAUCUCAACCUUGUACAGGCGCUGAGGCAGUUUCUAUGGAGCUUUCGGUUACCAGGUGAAGCACAGAAGAUCGAUAGAAUGAUGGAGGCUUUUGCAAUACGGUACUGUCAUUGCAACCCAGGUGUUUUCCAAUCAACAGAUACCUGCUACGUGUUAUCCUUUGCCAUAAUCAUGUUGAACACAAGUCUACACAAUCCCAACGUUAAGGAGAAGCCAACGCUGGAGAGGUUUAUCACUAUGAACCGUGGGAUUAACAAUGGAGGGGAUCUUCCUCAGGAGCUUCUCCGGAAUUUGUAUGACAGCAUUCGAAAUGAGCCAUUUAAAAUCCCAGAGGAUGAUGGGAAUGAUCUGACACAUACAUUUUUCAACCCAGACCGGGAAGGAUGGCUUUCGAAGCUGGGAGGCCGGGUGAAAACAUGGAAACGUCGGUGGUUUAUUCUGACAGACAACUGCCUGUAUUACUUUGAGUACACGACAGAUAAAGAACCCCGUGGUAUUAUUCCUUUGGAAAAUUUGUGCGUGAAACCUUCAGAAGACUCCAGAAAAUUGAACUGCUUUGACCUGUACAGUCCCAACAGCAAAGGUCACACCAUUAAAGCCUGCAAAACAGACACUGAUGGGCGGGUUGUUGAAGGCAACCACCAGUUUUACAGGAUAUCUGCCCCUUCGAGGGAAGAGAGGGAUGAAUGGAUUAAAUCAAUCAGAGCCAGUAUCUCUCGAGAUCCUUUCUACGACAUGGUUGCUUCUCGAAAGAAAAAGUUAACCGUCAACAAAUCAAACUGAGAGACUGCACUUUGUUUCUUACCUCUGAAGCGGUGGGAUAAACAAGAGUGAAAUAGUCACCUGUAAUGUGUGAACUUGUGCUUUUGGUGACCGCAUCUGUUUGGACCAUUCCAAUGUAGUCCCCGAACAUUCUUCCAUCAGGAUGUGCAAAGGUCCCUGAAUUAUUUUAUUGGUGAAUUAUAACUUGGACAGACUUGCAUUGCCCUUUUGUCCAAUUACAGGUCGUAUGCAUCAACUGGUCUGACAAUAGCCACUGAAUCUGCACUCUGAAUAGGUACAUGGAUAUGCAAUAGUAAUGACUGUGUUCCAUUGACACGUAUUGAGAGAUUCUCCUGGAUCUCCUGUGCUUAAGUUCUAAUUACUUUGUCAGGGAAUGCUGUUGAGUCACGGCCUCAUAAUCAACCAGAAGCCUUGUAGGUGAUUAAAGGGGGAAGUGAUGGUCUCACGAUAAUAAUAUUGGACUGUUAAUCCACAGAUCCAGGUUCCAAUGCUACCAUGGCAGGUGGUGGAAUUUGAAUUCAAUAAAAAUCUGGAGUUAUAAAACUAAUGAUGACCAUGAAUACAUUAUUAAUUGUCCAAAAAAGCCUAUCUGGUUCACUAAUGUACUUUAAGGAAGGAACUGCCAUCCUUACCUGGUCUGGCCUACAUGUGAUUCCAAAUCCACAGCAAUGUAGUUGACUCUUAACUGCAAUUAGGGAUGGGAACAAAUAAGGGCCUGGUCAGUGAUACCAUGAAUGUAUAAAAGAAAUAGUGAUCAGCACGUUAUUUGUCCUCCUACUGUCCCGUAACACACAUCAUUGAUGAGACCACCCUAUCAAAAAGAACAUUAAAUUUGCCCUAAAGUGACUUCAGUGAAGGUUCAUUCGACUCAUUCCUGAGAUGAGGAGUCCAUCCUAUGAGAAGAAACUAACUAGAUGAGGCCCCAGGAGUUUAGAAGAACAAGGAAGGGCAAUCAAAUUGAAACAUAAAGUACCUUUGGAUCUUUGCAGGUUAGAUACCAGUUGAAGAGUACAGAACUAGGGUCACAGUCUCAAAUCGAAGGAUCAGCCAUUUAGGACCAAGAUGAAGAAAUCAUUGCUGAAAUAUUAUGAAUCUUUGGAAUUCUGUACACAGAGUGCUCAGUUGCUGAGUAUUGUCACAGCAGAGAUCAUUAGAACUUUGUAUACUAAACAUAAUUGAAGAAUAUUGGGGGUGGGGGGAGGGGACGUUGGAGUUCGUUUGAAAACCAGCCCUGAUCUUUGCUGUGUAGUACAGCAGGUUGAGGGUGCAAAUAGCCUCCUCCUGCUUCUAUUUCCUGUGUUCUUAAAUACUGGCAGCAUUUGAAAAUGACCUAUUUUAUAGUCAGUGUUUUGGACUGAUUCAGAUAAAUGCUGACAUUUGAUGUGUAGCAACAGAGUGAUUUGCUAUCAUUAGGAUGUUUAUAGAUUGAAAUGUGCAAAACCAUUAUUUAUAUGCAACUUAUAGAGACAUGGAAUGCCUAAUAACUUUUUUUUAAAACAGAUACAUUACAUACAUAUAGGUGUACAGCAGCUUUUAAUAAAUAAAGCACAGAAUACAUGUAGGUUAGAAAUAGAAACUAAUAGUUUUACACCACUGUAUGUUGUGUUGUUUUGAACUGCUCUAAUUCAAUACCCCUUGAUACUGAAUCUUUAAUUACAACUAGCUAUUUAGCCCACCUUCCAGUUUGUUAUCCUGAACGUUCACUCUUUUGGGGCUGCAUUUCUACAUUUUACAAAACUCCUAAAUAGAAAUUAUUCUUAAACAAAGAGCAUUAGAAAGAUAUUCAGAAAGCUAUUAAUCUUGACAGAUUCAAUACUUUCUAUCAGCAAUCUGGAUGACGUUGACAAAUUUAGCAAAGGCAGUAAAUGGUGUUUAUUUUUAUUAUAAAAGCAGAAAGAGCUGUAAAAAUUAGUAGGAGGCCAACAUGACUUCUUCAGAUGUUUUGCCAACUUGCUGUGGCUCAGUAGCUAGCACCGUUGUCCCAUGGAUAGAAGGUUGUGGCUUCAAGUCCCAACACAUCCAGGCUGACAUUUCAAUGCAGUACCAAGGGAGGGCUGCAUAAUUAGAAGUACUGUCUUCCUGUCCUCUCAGGUGGGUGUAGAGAUCCCAAGGCAUUACUUGAAGACAAGUUAGGCUGUUCUUUCAAUGUCCUGGCCAACAUUUAUGCUUCAAUUAUUGUGGGAAACUUGUUUAGCUCAUUAUUUUGUGCAAGUCUGACAGCAGUAAAGUCACCAUAGUCUUACCAGACCAAAGGGUCACUCUCGCAUUAGAGAGAGACAAUGGUAGUGAUUUAACCUGAGGUCCAACACAUCUCAGGGAAGGGGAGGGGUUGAGGAGAAAAGUCCUUCAUGGUAACCUCAGCUGUUGCAGGGAUUGAGCUAUGCUGUUAGCAUCGCUCUGUAUUCACAAACCAACUGUCUGGCCAUCUGAGUUAAACUGAUCCUGCAGUACACUAGGCAACAUUACAUUACAUUUAACGGAAUGGCUUCAGUGAAAUCUGAUCUUCUCCAACUGUCACUAUUUUGGCACUGAAGUAAAGGAAACAAUUUCUAUUAUUUGAUAGGAAAAAUACUUCAAUGCAAACCUAGUUUAGGAAACUAUAUUUUACUGAUGUAUUUUGUUAUCUAUUAGAAAUUUUAUGUAUAUUUGAAUAAAGA